UUUGAGUUUUGUAGUUUUGUAUUCAGAACAUCAUGAACGGUCUGUUUUUCACUUUCCUUAUCCUUCCAAUGCUAGCUUACUCAUCAAUGUUUGAUUCACCAGUGGGUCCCUACUGGGCCACAUUCAAUCGAUUCGAGAAAUGCCCAAAAGAAGGAACCAAGGAAAUGUUUUUUGAUUUUCACCUGAAGAAAAUGAACAGAUCGACAGUAAUUCUCUAUGGAAACUAUUCCUUCAAACGAGAAUUUGAUGACAGUAUAAAGUUAAGGAAUGAAUUCAGUUUAUGGGGCAAUGGAGGUUGGCGAUCCAAUGCUUAUAAUUUGGAUUUUGAUAGGAACAUUUGCAAGAACUUUCAAGCAGUUCUUGGUAAGACGUUUGAUAUGAUUUUGAACAAAUUUGCUUCCAACGUGCAAAAAAAUCGCUGUCUUUUUCCAAUAGUAAGUAUGCCUCAGUUUUUCCAAUAGUA